GCCGCCCCGGCGUCGCCUUGGAGCGCGGCGGCAGCAGCUGACUGCGUCUAGACCCGCUGGGAGCCGCGAGCCCCGCCGCCGUUAUGAACAUCCGCAAUGCGAGGCCGGAGGACCUGAUGAACAUGCAGCACUGCAAUCUCCUGUGCCUGCCCGAGAACUACCAGAUGAAAUACUACUUCUACCACGGCCUUUCCUGGCCCCAGCUCUCUUACAUCGCAGAGGAUGAGAACGGGAAGAUUGUGGGGUACGUGCUGGCCAAAAUGGAAGAGGACCCGGAUGAUGUGCCCCAUGGACAUAUCACCUCCCUGGCUGUAAAGCGUUCCCACCGGCGCCUUGGCCUGGCUCAGAAGCUGAUGGACCAGGCCUCCCGAGCCAUGAUCGAGAACUUCAAUGCCAAAUACGUCUCCCUGCAUGUCAGGAAGAGUAACCGGGCCGCCCUGCACCUCUAUUCCAACACCCUCAACUUUCAGAUCAGCGAAGUGGAGCCCAAGUACUACGCCGAUGGGGAAGACGCGUACGCAAUGAAGCGGGACCUCACCCAGAUGGCUGACGAGCUGCGAAGGCAUCUGGAGCUGAAGGACAAAGGCAGACACGUGGUGCUGGGCGCCAUCGAGAACAAGGUGGAGGGCAGGGGCAGCUCGCUUCCGAGCUCUGGAGACGCCUGUCGUGACGAGAGAGGCCUGGCUGCUGACGAUAGCGGGGGCGACAGCAAGGAUCUCAGCGAGGUCAGCGAGACCACAGAGAGCACCGACGUCAAGGACAGCUCAGAGGCCUCUGACUCUGCCUCCUAGAGCCCGCACUUGCUCCUCACCCCACCCUGGCCUGCCCAUCCUGUGCUCGCCCCUCGAGGUUUCCCAAUAAACUUCCCCCAGUGGCCUUGGG